AAGAGAACAAAAAGGGAGAGCUAUUGAAGGGUAGAAGGAACGAUUACUAAUGGGGUCGGUAGGAAAACAAGCUCUCAGAAUCGCAGAGAAUUUGACGGUUCCAUCGUUUCAGGUAAUUGUGAUGAGAGCUAACCUGAGUUGCACACAUUGCCGAGACAGAGUAUCACAAGUCGUUUCGAAAAUGAAUGGGCUGGUAGAGUAUGAAGUGGAUGUGGGUAAUAAACAGGUGAUCCUUAAAGGGGGCAUGGACUCCAGUACUACUACUACUACUGUGCCUCUCCUACACUUUCCCAGCAAAACCAACAAAAGAAGAAGGUUUCCUCUCUGUGGGUUGUUUGCUCGCUCUUGCUUCACUCCGUAGCUU